AGCCAGAAUAUCGUAUGUUAGUGUCAAUGAAACAGAACAUAAUUUGUGCAUUUCACUAGGCAUCAAUUAUUACUUUGCCAAAACGCAAUAAAAGGCAUAGGCAGCACUUUUCGCAUUGAGAGAAAAAGCAACUUUCCAAAGGACUUGGAAUAAGAUAAACCAACAACAGCAAGCAGGACAUUGUCCAAUCAUAAACAUUGGCUAAAUCUGAGGAUCUAUACUACUUUUAGCCUUCUUUACACUCCUGUCUUGGAUUUGACACUGGAUGAAAGAAAGUUCACUGUCUGAUGAGAUCAUAAACUGAGGUUAAGCGGAAAUUGGACCAAUGUCACGACAAAUUUCAGCGUUGGAAUAGACCACAAACCUCUAGCUGUCUCCAGAUUUAUCAAGGCACAGUCGGGCGGACCACUCCACCGAACUGGGGAGAAUGACAUCUCACCUGGGCAGACUGACACCACUGCUGUGGAUCCUUUGGAGUUUCAUUGCUGUGGUGCAGGGGGACUUUGUGGAGCCCUCUCCCCUGUUCUUAAUGCGCUCCCUGGCCGAGGCUGAGACCCGGCUGCCCUGCCAGUUCAAGGUGGAAGUGGGCCAGGUGGUGGUUCAGGUCACCUGGACCAAGGAGAAAGCAGAUGGCACCAAGGACCAGAUCAUCACAGUACACCACACUGCCGGACACACAGAGUUUGGUCAGUACUCGGGGCGUGUGCGGUUUGGCAGCAGUGAGCCCACGGUGGACUCGUCUCUGAUCAUCAUGAACACUGUGGAGUCAGACGAGGGCAGGUACAACUGUCACAUCAGCACCUUCCCCUCUGGGAACUUCGAACGACAGCUGUCACUCACCGUGUGGACCACACCCAUCUCUUCCCUGGACCCUGUGAUCCUUGUCGAGGGCCAGUCCUUCCGAUUGGCCGCGUCCUGCCGCUCUGUGGCCCGCCCUCCGCCCCACCUCUCUUGGGACACAGACCUAAUGGGCCAAAAACACAACAGGAGCUCGGAGGGUGGGUCAGUCUCCACCCACUUCUCUCUGCACCCCCUGAGGAGUAUGAACGGGAAGAGGCUGGACUGUCUGGUGUGGCACCCGGCUCUGGAGGGACCCCGCAGGAUCACCAACAACCUGGUGGUGCACUAUCCUCCCAAUGCAGAGAUCUCAGGGUUUGAUCAGAACUGGUAUGCUGGUCUGGAGGAAGCUGCCCUCAGCUGUGUCAGUGGAGGGAACCCCAAACCACAGAGUUUCAUCUGGACCAGAAAAGGCGGAGACUUACCAGAGGGCGUGACCACGGGGAAUGGAUCCCUGCUGUUUAAUAGGCCCCUCGGCCUGACGGACGCUGGCAUCUACCAAUGUGUGGCCAAGAACGUUGUGGGGACGGGGAAAGCAGAGGUGGAGAUCACUGUGACAGAGUUGCCUCAGAAGCAGGCGUCGUUCGACAGUCUCCUGAUGAUAAUAGUGGGAGGAGUGGCCGUAGUACUUCUACUAGUCAUGAUCAUCAUCGUCAUCUCUGUGACCCGUCACCACAAACGCAAGAACAAGAAACUGUCGAGGGAACUCACUGUGAGGAAGGAGGAGAUCAGUACUCUCUCCAGACAGGCAUCUGUCAGGAAAAUGAACUCAGUCAGUAUGGACGCUAGAGGACAGACAGAGGAGAAUAUCCCUCUCAGAGUGGAGGGGACACUGCGGACCAGCCUGUCCUCCCUAGGGGAGCAAGGGCGCAUUAGGGGGAGUCAAUCUACUCUGGUAGGGGGCGGGGGGCUAGACUACCUGGGUCGACCUGUUCUGUACAAUACUUCACGAAGAGGGAGGGAGAGCAGAGCCAUGGACAGAGAGGAGGAGAACAGACUUAGGGUGGAGUCAGAUGAGCAGAAUAGCACCAUGUCUUUGGAAGACCAUCUCCACCCACCUCUCCAACCCUCUCCCUUCCCAAUGGAACAGUCCACCGAGCUGCUGAGGUCCCUGAACGGCAGCGCCAUCAUCCCAACGGAGUGGGGUUUACACAUACGGCAGGGGCCCGGUAGCAGGAACACCCACUCCCCUCUCAGUUGCAACUUCCCUCCCGUCACAGACGAGGAGGAUGAAGGUGUGGAGGGGGAGCGGGGGACGCGCCCCAGGAUGAGUCCGUUGGAUCAGGGGAGGUCAGAAGACCAGGACAGCGAGACCAACAGUUCUCAGAUCUCAGAAAUAGAACGUGGACUCAACCCUCACUUCCAGCAGAACAACGGAACAUUGAGACCCAAACCGCUCCCCAAAUACCGGACCAAUGGCAUCCUCCUCACCCCAUCACCACACGCCUCCUUCAUCCACAAGGCCCAGAUUGUAUAGAGCGGUACGGCUGGGUAAGGGCAGGUGACACACUAUACGACGAGGCACACUUUUCUACACAACACCACUCUAACAGUGUUUUGUAUGUGAUUGGUUGUGACUGUUUGGGAUACAAGCACGUUGGUGGCAUACCUCUGUGGCAGCCAGUUUACCUCCUUUUCACUUCUGAAACAUACGUCCACCUUCGCCUCGAGCUCUCAGAUAUUUUUGAUCAGCAAAUAAAGCUUCCGAUUCAAGAAAGACUCCUUUGCUGUAGCGAUACAAAUAAGUAACACAUACAUAUCACAGGAGAGAAGCUGGACAUGUAUGAUGUAAAAUUAAAAGCACAUGAAUGUCAGGUUGGACAUAGACCAAAGUAGUCAUUCAUCUUGUAUAAAUCACUGUAGAAGUACAUGAAUGUCAGGUUGGACACAGACAGACCAAAGUAGUCAUAAUAUUGUAUCACAGCAAUAAAGAUCACUCCAUGCCCAGGAAGCAUCAAACUGAGAGGACCUAAAAGACUUCCAUGCUUUAUUAUUGUAUAGUUUUUUUGCUACUACGACUUGGUGACAGAACUAAGGUGCAAGAUUAGAAUAUCAACAACUCACCAAUAACGGCUGCCUAGUGGAAUACAUGUUGGUGAUCUUCCACCCUCCUUCCUUCUAGAUGAGGAUACAACCCAUGCUGUUCUAUUCACCCUAAGAUGGAGUCCAUCUUUUUGACUUGACGUGUGGCAGGAGUUUUUCUGGAGAUACCCCUCCUUUCCAUGAAACUUGGAUGUGCACAAACUUUGAACUCGCCAUAGUCUGAGAUGUCAAAAGCUGAAGACUGCAUUUUAGACAAGAGGUUAAAAAACAGAGCCUUCCCAUUAAAUGGUUUACACCUGAGCACAGUGAGAGCCUAUGUGAAAAUCUACUAAAACUGGGAAAAAGUAUUGUUCUUCUAUUUUCUUACACCACAGACAUUUAGACAAGAUAACUGCAAUAUGCCUUUGUUUGUAUGAAUACAGUAAAAAGAGCCUUUGCUUUGUAGGCCAAUAUUAAGUAUUAUGUUUGAAUCUACUGACUUGAAAUGACACCCUAUUCCCUACAUAGUGCACUACUUUUAACCAGAGCCCUAUGAGCCCUGGGCAAAAGUAGUGCGCUAGAUAGGGAAUAGGGUGUCAUUUCAAACGCAGCCAUGCUGUACACAAGUGUUUCUUUCAUGCCAUGUUCCAGGGAAUGUCUUACUGUAGUUCACAGGUAUGUACACAUAUACUUGUAAUUCAGUGGAGGCUGGUGGGAGGAGCUAUAGGAUGAAGGGCUCAUUGUAAUGGCUGAAAUGGAAUUGAUGGAACGGAGUCAAACAUGUGGUUUCCAUAUGUGCGACGUCUUUGAUACCGUUCCAUUUAUUCCACUUCAGUCAUUACAAUGAUCCCUCCUCCUAUAGCUCCUCCCACCAGCCUCCACUGUUGUAAUUGCAUGGGCUUCCAUGUAUGAAACUUUGGAAUCACAUUCACACACAUUCAGUUGUAUCAUUCCGUUGCUUUUAACUAUUUUCCUUUGUAUAAUGCUGUAACGCUAUCUCUGAGUGAAUGUAUUACCGACAAACACUGAGUGUACAAAACAUUAUGAACACCUGCUCUUUCCAUGACAUAAACUGACAAGGUGAAUCCAAG